CUUCCGGCUUUGUGAGGAAGUCAGGUUUUUGUGUUCUGAUGUGAACCGUUGUGGUUUCGCGACAGUUGCUUCUUCAGCUCUAGUUAAGCCUUAGCAUUGUUUCUAUUUUCUUCGCGUCAGGGGUUUAAUCAAAGUUUGGAAAAAUGAUACGCCGAAAAGUUUCAAAUGCUUCGGAUAAAGAGAAGUGCGUAAAGCCUAAGCGCACCAGCAGUUUCGGAAGCUUCGACCGCUUUAGACAUCAUCCACACAUGCCAAAGCCGGAGGAGAAAGCUGACAACAGUGCCGGCGAAGCUGAGCAAGGGGCUGAAGCCACCGGGGAGCAGCAUCCAGCAAAGUGCGGACAGAAUGGGAGCGGGCUGGGGAAAACCAUGCGCGCCAUUUCCAAAACCAUGAAGAAAAAGAUGGCACGCAAAUACAUCAAAGCUCUGUCGGAGGAGAUGUGCGAGGCCAAUAUGGAAAACCCUACAAGCCAAAUUAUAGGAGAGCAUGAAGCAGAAGAAGGUUCCCUGAAAACGUGCGAGUCUAUGGAGAGUCUUUACAGUCUGAACAGUGGCCAAAGCUCGUCCACAGGCGGUAUUGUGAGUGGCUCAGAUGCAAUAAGCAACCGUGAUAGUCUAAGGCUGGAUGAGGAGGUGCCCUACUCAGGCCCAUUCUGUGGCCGAGCAAAGGUUCAUACAGACUUCACCCCAAGUCCCUAUGAUACUGACUCUCUCAAGCUCAAGAGUGGUGACAUCAUCGAUAUAAUUAACAAGCCAACCAUGGGCACCUGGACAGGAAUGCUAAACGGCAAGGUGGGGAACUUUAAAUUCAUUUACGUGGAUACCCUGCCCAAUGAAGAAGAUCUACCUAAGAAGCUGAGGACAGACAGGAGGAGCAAACAGCCAGUCCCUGAUUCCUUACAGGAUCUGUUGGAACGAAUCCAGCUGCAGGAUCUUUAUUCCACAUUACUUCUGAACGGCUACCAGAGCCUGGAGGACCUCAAGGAUCUCAAGGAGAGUCACCUCAUCGAACUUAAUGUCACAGAUGCAGAACAGAGGGCGUUGCUUCUGACCGCAGCUCAGCAGGAUUAUGAUGUUCUAAGUGAAGAGGAAGAGAAAAAUGACGUUAUAACUCCUAGCCAAGCCUCUGACCUCAAGCUCGAACAAACACACUUGAUGCAAUGCCCCAGGGACUCUGGAUGCUAUGCUACAUCUGAAAUCUCGGACAAUGGUAAAGAAGACUUGGAUUUGGAGAAUUUGCCAGAAAUGAUUGAAGGCGUUUCUCUUGCCGACUGAUUGCAGUGGGAAUCGUUAAGUCGUUCAGUUUUAAGUCAUACAGUUGGAGCCAAUGGAUGCUUGAGGGUUUUCAGUCUCUAAGCAUUGAUAUCCAUGGGCACACAUUGAACAUGGUUUCCUUUAUUUAAUCUGAAUCCACAAGAGAAAGCAAUGGGCACAGUUUUGGAUUCACCCUGCCAUCUCCCAAAAAGCAGGGAAUACCUGUUAAAAGUAUGUUGAUUAGCAAAUUAUUGCAAAUAAACAGGCUGAACUUUUCUAUGAACUUUAGUCAUGCAAUGUUAGGGGUCAUUUCUGGGUUGUGAACACGGUUGAAGUUAAAUUUUGUGGGAGUGAUCUAUUAGUACAUUGCCUCCACUUUUGAUGUCCAAUUCGCACAAAAUGGAGGUGAGAUGCUGAUGAUGGGACCAUCAGCCAAUUGCUCUCACCCAGCACUAUCCACUGGAUCCAUCUGCAGGUGAAAUGCAUGGAUUUUCAUGUCUUUGCAGGUGGACGGCCUGAGGUUUGACAAUUUGGAUCUUUAGAGUGACCAUUGCCUCUGCACUGACCUCCCGCUGUGCUCCUGUGGGUAGGUGAGCCACAGGCAAAUCAGGAAUCCUGUGUGCCACCAGCAAAAUUCUAUCCCACCUAAAAAUGGUCAUCAAGUGGCUCAGUCAUUACCCUGACUGUCUUCUCACCUCUACUGGCCAUUUAACCAUCAUCUCCCUGAAGCCACCUCUGGGAACAUCACAAGGAGGUGGGAACAUGUCGGGGAGCCAUCCUGAUGGGUUUUUUUCCUCUAGAUUUUCUGGCCCUUGCUGCUCCCAAAGCUGUUUUCAUGGGGCUGAGAAAAUACAACCCAAUAAACCCCUGUGGUUUUUGCAGCCUUGUACUUGACAUUGUUCAAAUUUGUUUAUAUAUCUCAAAAGGGAAUUGGACAAGUACUUGAAGGAGAAGAAUUUUCAGAGAUAUUGGGAAAGAGAGUGGGACUAGUUGUGUAGUUGUGCCAAAGAAUCAGCACAGACAAAAUAGGCUGAGUGGCCUCUUUCUGUGCUGUAUCAUUCUAUGAUCUCCUGAGAGGCACUCGGGCUAAGAUCAUUCCUCUACUGGAACGGAUGAACCCCCGUUAAUACAAAGAUCGGCUAAACAAAUUGUUUCCACCAGUGCUCAACGCCAGAAUGUAGCAUUUGAGUGGUUAGAUGAGUUAUCAAUUGGGAAAAGCAAACAACUCACAGACAAAAGCUGGACUUUCAAUGGCUAUACAUUUAGAGAAGUUGAAAACUCUCCGAGGAUGAAAGUGUUCAUCUGUUCUGCACCUCCAACCAUAAAUGGCAAUAGGAAGAGUGGCAGGUAGACCACCACCAGUUUGGUUCUCUCGGCCCUGUCCAAAAGAUUGAGCGUGGAAAUUCAGCGCCUAUAUGUUCCCAAUUUCCCAGCUCGCCGGAUCGCUUCCGAUUUUCUUACGCCCAGCCAGGGUAAUGAUGUGAAAGGUAAUUGGCAAGGACCAUUGUCAGAUGGAAAUGAUCAUUUAGUGGACAAUGCGGAAGUGAAUGGUCUUUGAACAUGAGAAUCAUAUCAUCAAUGCAACAUUGCUUUUGAACCCUGCCCAUUUGACUGAAGCACCAUAAGUUAUUCUAGAGCCCAGGUUUCAUAAUGAUGAAAAUAGUGUUGCCAACUCUGGUUGGAUAUAUUCCACCGAGUGGAGUUUUCCACCAAAGUUGCUGACAGAAAGGCUUGGAAAAAGCAGGAGAAAUUUCACCACAGAGAAUAUAAUUGGGACCAAGAAACAACCGGGCAAGUAUCUGGUGAGAAAAAUGACUGAGCGAGGAUUAAGGUGAGGAGGUGAGCAAUCUAUGUGGAAAAGGAGAGGUUCGUUGAGGUUUCUCUUCCUGCUCCCGAAUAUUCUCAUGAUAUUGCCGAAUUCGUGGAGGUAAAAUUAAAUGUGGCAACUCUGGCAACACAAUUAGUGCUUCGCCCCAUGGUAUAUUGACACACGGGAAAAUGCAGUGCUGGGAAAGGCAAAGGUUACAUCUGCCUGAUCCCAUGUACGCAACAAACAUACAGUAUUGCACAGGUAUACACGCAGCACACAUACAGAGAUUCAUGCAACGUUUCCUCUGUUUUUCUUUGGAGCAUGUAAUUCAUUUAGUUAUACGCAUGGUCCCUUUAUGUCUUUUUGUACUGUUGGGAUGCACAGUAACUUGUGCGCGACCUGCACAGGGACUUUUGGGUUACUCCACAAGAGUGCAAGUUAAGGGAAAUAUUGAUGCAGAUGAAUGGACAUAUAUACGUGUAUGUACAAACACACACAGAUACAUACAGUCACAUGAACAUACGUAAAUGCACACGAAUACAAACAAACACACACACAUGCAGAUACAAACAUUUAUACACAGAGGUCAAUACAUCCAACUUGCAACCGCUGUUCUACUUUUCUUAACAUGUUUUAAAUGGUAAAUGCAAACAGAAGAAUUUUGAUGUAACUAGUUAGGUCAGAUGUGUGACUUUUAACCAAGUUGUAGAAAAUCAAAAUCCCCUUUGCUCUCUCCUUCCUUCACCACACAGUUUCCAUGACGAUCGGUUGAGUGAUUUGCAUCAGUCCGUGUCUUAAGCUUACUUUAAACUUUUUAUGUGUAAAUAUUUAUUUGAUUUUUGUAUUUUAUCUGGAUAGAUUUUACACAAUCGUUUUGGAAUUCCCUGUGUUUUAAGUUUUGGCUCGAAUUGUUCCUCCUUUACUGUUGUAUUCUGCAUUGGGACCUUUAAAUGAAUUUAUGUAAAGGCAUCACAAGUUCUUUAAAUGUAGCUCAGUGAAUAAAUUAUAAGAUUUUUAAAAUA